CUGGCCGUUCGAUCGGGAACCACCGUGACGUGUCACGUGCAGGUCCACCGGAAAAGGGCAUGAUACACGCCUUCACCAAUUAAAAUUAGGAGAAGGACAUUAUUUCAAAAAAAAAAAAUCCUUUAUAUAUAGGAUUUCGUCGGCCUCUCGGUAACCUCAGGGCUCCUACCGAUUCCUUCUUUUCGCUCUUAAGUUCGAAUUCUCUCUUACGAUUUCAAUCUCAAGGAUGGGCAGCACCACCAACUAUGGGGAGUACACUUACGCGAACUUGGAGAGGGAGCCAUACUGGCCUUCUGAGAAGCUUCGCAUAUCCAUCACUGGAGCUGGAGGCUUCAUUGCAUCCCACAUUGCAAGGCGUCUGAAGAGCGAGGGCCAUUACAUUAUUGCUUCGGACUGGAAAAAGAACGAGCACAUGCCUGAGGAGAUGUUCUGCCAUGAGUUCCACCUUGUUGAUCUGAGGGUCAUGGACAACUGCCUCAAGGUCACAAAGGGAGUGGACCAUGUGUUCAAUCUUGCUGCUGAUAUGGGAGGAAUGGGUUUCAUCCAGUCAAACCACUCUGUCAUUAUGUAUAAUAACACCAUGAUCAGUUUCAAUAUGCUCGAAGCUGCAAGAAUUAAUGGUGUUAAAAGGUUCUUCUAUGCAUCCAGUGCUUGUAUCUACCCUGAAUUCAAGCAGUUAGAAACUAAUGUCAGCCUGAAGGAGGCUGAUGCAUGGCCUGCAGAGCCUCAAGAUGCUUAUGGUCUUGAAAAACUUGCAACCGAAGAGCUCUGCAAGCAUUACACAAAGGACUUUGGGAUUGAGUGUAGAAUUGGGCGGUUCCACAAUAUUUAUGGCCCCUUUGGAACGUGGAAAGGUGGAAGGGAGAAAGCCCCUGCAGCUUUCUGCAGAAAGGCUCUUACUUCUACUGACAAGUUUGAGAUGUGGGGAGAUGGACUCCAAACUCGUUCCUUCACUUUCAUUGACGAAUGUGUUGAAGGUGUCCUUAGGCUGACCAAGUCUGACUUCCGGGAGCCAGUGAACAUUGGUAGUGAUGAGAUGGUAAGCAUGAACGAGAUGGCAGAAAUAGUUCUGAGCUUUGAGGACAAGAAGCUUCCCAUCCAGCACAUUCCGGGUCCUGAGGGUGUUCGUGGCCGCAACUCUGACAAUACUCUGAUCAAGGAGAAACUUGGUUGGGCUCCAACAAUGAGACUUAAGGAUGGGCUGAGGUUCACAUACUUCUGGAUUAAGGAUCAAAUUGAGAAGGAAAAAACUCAGGGGAUUGACCUUUCUGUUUACGGGUCAUCCAAAGUGGUGGGAACUCAGGCACCAGUUCAGCUGGGUUCGCUCCGUGCUGCUGAUGGAAAGGAAUAAAGCUGAAGGAAAUCGGUAUGUCUCAUGAAUUUGGAAGGUGACAUUUUGUUAAUGGUAUUUGGUAAAGAAGUCGGUGAAUUUUGGCUGGUUUUAAUCUGUAAACGAAUUUAAGAAGUUAUUUCUAGGGAUGUUGUUCGCUAUGCAUUAGUUGUUCUGUCUCUAUAAGAGUAUGCAUUAGUUGCCUCUAAGAUAUGGCUUUUGUUGUAGAAUGAUGUAGUAGUCUGAACAUGAAUGCAAAUGUUUUAUGCUUGUAUUUUCUAUGUAUGCACACAAAUAAAAUUAUCAAUAAAGUAUGUUUUGGCGAUUCUUCUAUUAAA